AUGAGAAUAUUUAUCUAUGUAUAUUUUUUAUCACUAAUCUUGAUUGGAGUUUGUCAUAAAGGUCAUGAUCACAAUCAAAGAAACCACACACGACAUGGAACGGUGGAAAUAAGAGUUAUAAAAGGUGGGAAUUUCAAUCUUUUUUAUAGUUAUGCAAAAAAGAAUUCCAGAAGGCAAAAUUUGGAAAGACGAAGAUAAAAAAUGUAAUGAAUUGUGUCCACCAAUGUACAAAUGCGUGAAAGUAGGUAACAAAUAUAAAUGCGUUUAUUGUAAGUUUGAGUAACUUUCUGGAGGCUACAAAAAAUAUAAAAAUUUCUUGAAGUUCCGAGCUGUGCUGGUAUGAAAUGUGAGGCUGGUGAGGAAUGUUACGAAACAGCUAUUGAAUGUGCACUAAAUCCAUGUCCAGUCGAAGCAAAAUGUCGACCUUGGACAUUACCUCCAACACCUGAUUAUCAACUUCCAGAUGAAAUUUAUAGAUGGAUUGAGGAGUAA